GAGUCUUGCAGUUUUCGGAGCACAGGGUUAGUUGGUUUCUGUUGCUCUGGGUACUGAGUUACCUGUGUCUUCCUCUCCUUUUUUUUUUUUUCUCUUUUGGUUUCAGAGAUGGCCGCCCUUCCUCUCCAGUUGUUUUCUGUGCUACUCGUUCUUUCUUCCUGCAUUCUUGGUAGCUCCUUUCCUUUUAUUAGUGACCAUUCACACCAUGCCCAUCGCUCAGCCCCAGCUCAUGACUACAGAGAUGCACUCUCUAAGUCCAUCCUCUUCUUUGAGGGCCAGAGGUCUGGAAGGCUCCCAAGGGACCAGAGGAUGUCGUGGAGGAGGAACUCCGCUCUCUCCGAUGGCUCUCUUAUGCAUGUGGACUUGGUUGGGGGCUAUUAUGAUGCAGGGGACAAUGUGAAGUUUGGCUUCCCAAUGGCCUUCACAACCACCAUGCUCUCAUGGAGUGUGCUGGAGUUUGGGGGCUUAAUGGGCCACGAGUUGCAGAAUGCAAGGGCUGCCAUCAAAUGGGCUACCGACUACUUGCUCAAAGCUACUGCUCACCCGGACACCAUCUAUGUCCAGGUGGGUGACCCUAACAAGGACCAUGCCUGCUGGGAGAGACCCGAAGACAUGGACACGCCCAGAACAGUUUACAAGAUCGACAGUCAACACCCUGGUUCGGAUGUGGCUGCAGAAACCGCUGCAGCUCUUGCGGCUGCUUCGUUGGUGUUCAGGAAAUGUGACCCUUCUUACGCUUCCCUCCUUCGAAGGACUGCCAUUAGGGUGUUUGCUUUUGCUGAUAGGCACAGGGGCUCUUACAGCAAUGUUCUCCAGCAGGCCGUUUGCCCAUUCUAUUGCUCAUAUUCUGGAUAUCAGGAUGAACUAUUGUGGGGAGCAGCCUGGCUGCAUAAAGCAACCAGAAACCCUGCAUACCUGAAAUACAUACAAGUGAAUGGGCAGACCCUUGGUGCUGACGAAACCGACAACACAUUCGGCUGGGACAACAAACACGUUGGAGCCAGGAUACUCCUCUCCAAAUCGUUUUUGGUGCAAAAACUGGCAUCUCUCCACGAUUACAAAGGCCAUGCUGAUAAUUACAUUUGCUCUCUUCUCCCUGGCACAUCUUUCUCCCAGACCCAAUACACGCCAGGAGGGCUGCUGUACAAAAUGAGUGACAGCAACAUGCAGUAUGUAACGUCCACUUCAUUUUUGCUGCUCACCUACGCCAAAUACCUUACUGUCGCCGGCACCUCAGUCGACUGCGGUGGGAUGAGAGUUACCCCUCAAAAGCUCCGGGCCCUCGCAAGGAAGCAGGUCGACUAUUUGUUAGGCUCGAACCCACUAAGAAUGUCGUACAUGGUGGGCUACGGGCCGAGGUUCCCGGAGAGGAUUCACCACCGUGGCUCGUCCCUGCCUUCUGUCGCUGCUCACCCUCAGUUCAUCCCCUGCGGUGCAGGGUUCAAGGCCAUGGACUCGAGCGCAUCCAACCCCAACCUCCUCAUAGGUGCAGUCGUUGGCGGGCCUGACCUCCAUGACCGAUUCCCAGAUGAGCGGAGAGACUACGAGCAAUCGGAGCCGGCUACGUACAUAAAUGCGCCCUUGGUUGGAGCCUUGGCCUACUUCGCUCAUUCGGCUGGCCAGAUUUGAGUUGACCCUAGUGCCUUCUUUGUGUGUGUGUGUUGUUGUCCGUGUUUCUGCUUUAGGUUUAUUAGAUCUGAAACUGGGUCCGCAAAUAUUGGAUCCCAGUACUAGGGUAUAUUUGAUAUACUUCAUGGAUUGCUCUGCUCUGUGUUUGACCAAGUGUGCUUUUUAGUCCUCUAGUUGAAGGUGAAAACAACAAAAUAGUGAUUCUAGAGAGGGUGUGAGAGAAUUGUAAGUUGUAACUAGUCCUUUAUUAAUACGAAUAUUUUUCUUCUGCAA